CCCCCUGGAGACCAUCCCGUCUGAGCCUGAGUACCGCGACCUGGUCGUCCAACUCACCACGCACCUGCUGGCACCCAGCACGUCCCGGUUGAGCCGUGCGUUCCUAACACCUGCAGACGUCCGCGCCCUCCACGACCACCUGUGCGACGCCGCGUUUUUUGCGAGCUCGGUCCUCCAUGCCGCUCCGGACGAGAUUCCUCCCCGCUUCCAGCGGCCGGAGCAUCUCCAGACCGCCAUCU